GUCAGAGAGAGUGAGAGAAAGUCAGAGAGAGUGAGAGAGAGUGAGAGUGGAGUCGUUUUGCUGUGGCUCUUCAGUAAACCCAAGUUAGAGACAGACAGGGUAUUGUAUUUACAGCAGCAUGAUCCUCAUCACAUUUGGACUCUAUCUUCCACUAUUGUUUUGUUAUGUCCUGUCUCAGUCCUCUUUCCUGGACAAUAUUCUCUCAUUCCCAGCAGCUCUCCAACAACAACCUGCCUUGGACCAGCAGAGGAAAUUCAACCCCUGCUGUUUACUGAGUCCGCCCCCGCCCCCCCUGUUCCCUCCUCCCCCCUCACUGUGGCAACGCGGUGGUCAUAAUGAAGAGUCCGAUAAUGGAGGAAAACAUGGUGAAGAUCCAGAUCCAGGGACGGAGCUGAAAGGUCCCACCUGUGUCCCAGGCCCCCCAGGCCCCGAUGGACCCCCCGGUCCUCAGGGUCCAGCUGGGCUACCAGGUCUGAAGGGACCAAAAGGAGAAAAGGGAGAACUGGGACGACCUGGACAAAAGGGUCGGACGGGGCCUCCAGGUCUCCCGGGGCGCCAGGGACCAGCCGGGUGGCCAGGACCAAAUGGGCCCAAAGGGGAGAAGGGAGAUGGUGGAUUGAUGGGAUUACCUGGAGUAAGAGGACCUCUUGGACCUAAGGGUUUACCCGGAUACAAAGGAGAAAAGGGUUCCCGUGGUGACCGUAGUGAGGCUGGGAGGAAGGGAGACAAGGGCACAAUGGGCUUCCCUGGAAUGCUUGGACAGAAAGGUGAAAUGGGUCCAAAGGGAGAACCUGGAAUCUCAGGGAAUAGAGGACCGACGGGCAGACCAGGGAAGAGGGGCAAACAGGGAGGGAAGGGCGACAAUGGGAUUAUCGGCCCUCUAGGUCCAGCAGGUCCUCAGGGGCCCCCCGGCCACCCUGGUCCCCCAGGUCUGCCAGCCUCAGGACUCUACGUGGUCGGAACGAAAGGUGAGAGGGGGCUACCAGGUCUUCCUGGAACUUGCAGCUGUAACUCUGUUAGUAUUAACAGCCCACAGUUUGAUGAACAUAGUUCCAGGAGCGACUACGCCAAAGUGCCAGCGAUAUUUGUGGUAAACAAUAAAGAAGAACUAGAUCGUCUUCAUACGGACAACGCCCUAGCCUUCCGGAAAGACCAGAGAUCACUUUACUUCAAAGACACCAACGGAUGGCUGCCGAUUCUUCUAAACACUCCUUUCUUCCAGCUGACACCGUUCCAGUCUACGGAGAACGCUCCGGAACAGGAGGGUUACUGUGGCGACGGGAUCGUUCAGAUUCCCAACGGGGAGGAAUGUGACGACGGGAAUAGGAUUGUCACCGACGGCUGCGUCAAGUGUAAACAUGCUUACUGUGGAGAUGGUUAUCGUUACGACGGGGCCGAGGAAUGUGAUGGAAAGGACUUUGGCUAUCAGACAUGCAACUCAUAUCUCCCAGGGUCUUAUGGUCGUCUCAGAUGCACUCCGUACUGUGUCAUUGACUCUACAAACUGCAAUUAUUUCACAUGAAGAGGAACCUGGACACAGCAGUGGGAUCCUUCAUGUCUUGUUUGCUUUGGCACUAAACAGGAUGUCGGUAAUGCAAAAAAAAAAAAAAAAAGAAGAAAGAUCAACAACAACACUGCAAACAAGAGACUCAAAAAGGAAGUGGUGACAAACUGGACUAAACCUGACAAAAUGACUAAAACUACACACACUAACUCUGUUGAAUCGCUGCUGAAGCCAUGUAGUUCCCGAGGAGGUGGGGGUGGCGAGUAAAAUGCCCCCUCACCCAUUCACAGGAAACGCACAGGACAAUUUCACUUUGUCUUAAAUAAAACUCAACCCAAGACUGAAGAGGCUCCGCCCACACCAUACCUGAUAGGACCAGGGCCUGCCGCUGAACGAGAGGCGGUCAAAUGAGAGAAGUGACAGACAGCCAAUAGGAGAGCUCUGAGAAAGAGAGAGAGACUCGUGGGUGGAGCCGGAAGCCAUAUUUACCUCGACGUAGCACUGUUAAAGAAAAGAGAACCAGGUCUGGACAAUCAGAAGCAGGAUGCUGUGUAUUUUACUGCAAUGUGAAUGACGUAAUAUAGCAUUUGCAUGAGGCUGAGAUUGCUGUGUGACCAUGGCAACAGAUGUCACUACCUAGGCAUGUAACCAAUCACAAUACUUACUAUCGUUGUCAUGAGCUUUGUGCUGUGUAUAUAUAGUAGGUAGACGUCUCCAAUUGUACGUAGGGAGUAUAUUGUAUGUUAUAAUUUCACUAAUCAGGACAGGAGGGGCAUGUCAUAAUGAUACUGUAUUCAGGAGGAUUCUGAGAGCCUUGUUCAAUAGAGGCAGAUCUUAA